UGCAUCUUGCUUCCACUUUGCAGUACUCAAAAGUCUAUGGCCCAGUGUUCACUCUGUAUUUUGGCAUGAAGCCUAUAGUGGUGUUACAUGGAUAUGAAGCAGUGAAGGAAGCCCUGAUUGAUCAUGGAGAGGAGUUUUCUGGAAGAGGCUUUUUCCCAAUUAAUGAAAGAGCUAGUAAAGGACUUGGAAUCAUUUUCAGCAAUGGAAAUAGAUGGAAAGAGAUCCGGCGCUUCACCCUCAUGACCCUGCGGAAUUUCGGGAUGGGGAAGAGGAGCAUUGAGGAACGUGUCCAAGAGGAGGCCCGCUGCCUUGUGGAGGAGUUGAGAAAAACCAAGGGUGGGUGACUCUCUACUCUGUAUCACUGACCUCUACAGACUGCUGUCUUCUCUAGCGACAUCCUUGGGCACA